GCCCUCCUUGUAAAGGAGACUGCAUGGCCCCUCGAUGGCCCACCAGCGCUCUGAGAUUACCCCCACAUAACUUGUAUAAAUCACGCAUGUACAUACAUCGACAAUACUGUAAGCAUGCUUAAACGUCAAGGCACCACUAGCUAUCACCGGCUGUGCCGAUAGCGCAGCUUGCGUAUGCUGGCGCUGCAUCCAUAGACGGAUGUCCCUGGCCAGACAUGCUGCGCAGUGCGUGCAGCAACAAUCCGGCCGGGGUGUCGCGGCGGGGACAAAGCCUCGUGAUCGUCUCUGCAGCGGCGCACGGAAGCUCACGACCUGGCGGCCAGCCGUUCUGGUGUCAGCCCUGCAGACCGUUGCGGAUGCAGGGGGGCAUCCAGCCGUUGGCGACGGAGCAAAGUGGGUGGUGCUGAGUGGUACUGCUGAAGGAGAAAGUGGCUUUUCUUCAUUGCUACAAAUUACACACAAUAAUACACGUUCAAACAGAGGGGAGGGAGGAAAGACGAGGAAGAGAGAGAUAGAGAGAUAGAGAGAGAGAGAGAGAGAGAGAGAGAGAGAGAUAUUACGGACAUUUUUUUUCUUUUU